CCGCGUCAGUCCUGUGGCUGUGGGAAGCAACAAACAAGCGGCCGAGCCACCUAACCUCACUCUCUGCGUCGCGCGUCGCGAAGCCAAGUAAAGUUGUAAACGGCGCGUUCGCGGCUGAAACAAGUAAGAAAAACGACAACAUCAAGACGGUGCUUUGCGUGCUUUGCGUGUGUUGUGACGCGACUAGUUCGGCCGGAGGAGACGACAGGGCGGGCUGCAGACGACGCCGCACUGUGUCACUUGCAUCCAGCACGCCCAGCAGCGCCAUCGCUGACGUCACCGCGGCCGCCGCUGGAACCGAGGUCGAGACCCGCGAAUGAGCUUCGGCGCGCCCUGAGGACGCUGCUGCCACCGCCACAUCAUGGCCAACGUUGCGAACGGCGCCCCGCCGCCGGACCCACCGGUAGCUCUCCCGGAGCCGGCCUCCACCGCGGACCCUGCACCGGGAGCUCUCCCAGAGCCGGCCUCCACCGCGGACCCUACACCAGGAGCUCUCCCAGAGCCGGCCUCCACCGCGGACCCUGCACCAGGAGCUCUCCCAGAGCCAGGCGCCACCAUCCCCUCCCCGGGAGCUCUCCCGGAAACAGCGUCCACCACCCUCGCAGACCCUGCCCCGGCAGCUACCCCAAAGACGGCCUCCGCCACCUCGGACCCUGCCCCGGGAGCUCUCCCGGAGGCCCCCGCCCCCAGCGCCACCGCUGCUGAGGCUGACGCCGCCCCUCACCCUGCGCCCUCCUGCCCCACGGAGCCCCGUCCAAAGCGCGGCCGGCUCGGCGCGGGGGCCAGGUCCCCGGCGGGCCGCGGCCGCGGGCUCAAGGCCCCCGCGGCGCCGCUGCCGACCAUCCGGGUGCAGGCGCCGGGGGCCACCUCCGCGACCGCCCCCGCGACCGCCCCGGCGGCCAGCAACGGCGGCACCCUCGGCGCAGCCAGGGGGGCCCGCGGGGGCAAGGCGCUGUGGGGGCUGGCGCGCUCCAAGGUGCGGCCGCCGUCGUCGCGGUCCAGCAAGAGCCCCUCGAGCACCGCGAGCAGGAGCCCCGCCAGCAGGAGCCCCAGCGGGCGCGCGCUCCCUGCCGCGGCCGCGGCCCCGCGUCGGGGGGCCGCCGGCGCCGUCCUGGGCAGGAAGAAGGCGGCCGGCUCCGAGGAGCUGCUGCGUGACCUGCGGCAGAACAAGGACCUGAGCCGCUGGGAGCCGGACCUCUGCAUCCAGAUGCUCAAGAUCCCCUCCGCCCACAACUACUCGGCCAUCAAGAAGCUCAUCGCCAAGGCAGAGCGGUCGUGGCUCCUGGAGUUUCUGGAACGCGAUGGGCUGGGAGUGCUGCUCGACAGCCUGGAGAGGCUGGGACACGGGCAGCACCACGGCGUCGUCGGGGCGGGCGCGCGCCGCGGCUGUGGAGGGCUCAGCUCCAUGGCGGACAUCAGCAGCCAGAUCGAGUGCGUGGCCUGCACGCGGGCCGUCAUCAACAGCGGCGUCGGCCUCGAGUACAUGGUGGGCCACCCCGCCCACACGAGGCAGCUCGCGAGCAUCCUGAGCUCGCAGAACACGACGGUGAAGCUGCAGGUGUUUGAGCUGCUCUGUGCCAUUUGCAUGUUCUCUCCAAGCGGACAUGCCCUGGCGCUCGAUGCGCUGCAGCACUUCAAGAACCUGCGUGGUCACCGCUACCGGUUUGACGCCGUCAUCCUGGAGCUGCGGACCGCGGAGACGGCCGUGUACCAGACCGUGCUGCUGUGCUUCGUCAACUGCCUGGUGAUGGCCAACCAGGGUCUGGCCGAACGCACGCGGACCCGCAGCGAGCUCAUGGGCUCGGGUCUCGGGCAGUUGCUCGCGGUACUGCGCACCAUUGACUCGAACGAGCUGCAGAUACAGGUGGGCGUGUUCGACGAUGCGGCGCACGCGGACCAGGACGCUCUGGAGGAGCUCGGGGCCGCUGGCGACCCGCUGCACAUGAGCCACCACCAGCUGUUCGACACCAUCUUCAGCAAGGUGGCCGACACCCCGCAGAGCCUCGCCCUCCACUCGGUGCUCCUGAACCUCAGCCAGUUGGAUCCGUCGAAUACACAAUCAGACCGGAUAUGGGAGGCCCUCGAGGAGCUGACGGCGCACAUCGCGAAUGGGAGCGUUCCCCCGCCGUCCAAGGGGCCCAGGUCGACCUGCGAGACCAAGUCCGUGUCGACGCAGACCACGGCGCGCACCCGACUCAGCGACCGCCUCAGUGUCAGCAGCGGACUCAACGUGAGCCAGACCUCGAGCGACAGGAUGCCGACGCCGACCACACCCGCACCCACGCCGUUGCGGGAAUGCGUUGACGUUGGCACGGACCCCAUGACGCCCGCGGAAAGAGCUCCGACGUCGGACCCGUCCCUGGAGCCCCUAUGCCGCCCCCACCCCCCGGCAUGCCUGGGAUGGUGCCGGUAGAGGAGCCCCUGUGCGUCGCCAAGACCCAAUACCUCACCUACCCGGCUCGACGCUCCUUGAACGGCGACGUGCCUGACGGCGCUUGGAACCCCAGCGGGGCUGCGAAAUACAACACAUUCCCUCAUCCCAGGCGGAAGCUAAAAACCCUCAACUGGACGAAAAUUCCCAACCAAGUUAUUGGGAGAGAGAGUGUGUGGUCUGAACUACCCAAUGUUGAGCCCAGAGUACAUAUGGACUUCCAUCAAAUAGAGGAACUAUUUUGUCAAAAGCAAGCAGCACCAGCUGAGUCUAAAGCUGGAAAGAAGGCCAAUGUCACAGCCAGUGCCUCACACCCUACGUUGGUGAAUCUGUUGGAUUCAAAGCGAAGUUUGGCAGUUAACAUAUUUUUAAAACAGUUCCGCUCUGCGUCUUCUGAAAUCAUAGAUGCUAUUAAAUGUGGUGACUCUGCCAAACUUGGAGCUGAAAGGCUGCAAGGCUUACAAAGACUUCUCCCAGACAAAACUGAAUUGGAGCUGAUUAAGAGUCAUCCUAAGGAUGGAGGGCCUCUGGGAUCUGCUGAACAAUUUUUCUCAAACUUGGCAAAUGUUCCAUCUUACCCUGUAAGAAUUGAAGCUUUGCUGCAGAAAGAGCAGCUUCCCACAACAGUGGCGGAGCUAAAGCCUCAGUUACAAACAGUUAUUAAUAUAUGUGAUCAAGUCAUCAAUAAUGCAUCACUUAAAGAAUUUCUGGCACUCAUUCUCCAGUUUGGAAAUUACUUGAAUGCUGGUAGUUAUGCUGGUAGUGCUGCAGGAUUUAAACUCAACACACUGCCAAAGCUAUUGGAUAUGAGGACAAACAAACCCCGUUUCACAUGUCUUCAUUAUGUUGUUGAAGUAGCUGAAGAACAAAACAAAGAUAUCUUGAAAUUCACCACUGAGAUGAAGCAGAUGCGCUCCGCAGCUAGAAUAUCCAUGGAGGCUCUAGAAGAAGAGGUGCAAGCUCUAGCUAACAAAAUUAAUAAACUAAAUAGUAUGCUUAAGGGAGCUGAAAAAGAUGUCCAAAAACAAUUUUCAGACUUUGUCAGUGAAGCAAUGUCAACAGUUAAAGAUUUACAAAUAUGCAUGUCUGAGGCCAAAAAAGCAGCGCAGCGGCUUGCUUCACAUUUUUGUGAAGAUCUUAAUGGAAGCGCAGCAUCUAGAUUUCAGCUCCAAGAGUGUUUUAAGUUGUUUGCCGAUUUCUUUGACAAAGUUGACCAAGUUCGUGUGGAAAAUGAACAAAGAAAGAAGCAAGAAGAAAGAGCUGCUGCCCGGAAGAAAGCAGAGGAGGCAAAGCAGGCCCUAGAAGCAGCAACAGGACCGGAGGGGAAAAAAGACUCAAAAGGUGUAGUUAAGCGGAAACCCAGAGGAAAGACUGUUUUGGAGGCGGAUGAACCAUGCCUUGUAGACCGCCUUAUGCAAGAAAUCAGAGGUGGUACCUUUAAGUUACGAAGAACUGUGCCUGCUGGUCAAGCAUAGUUCAUUGUAUGUGUGGUAUUUGAACAAAUGUUCCAAAAUGGAAAUCUAUUCAGGUGCCAGAAGAAGAAACGAGUGAGCUGACCCAAUCCCUGUAAUGAUUCCCUGUUGUAUUGUAUCUACAAAUGUAAAUUUUGUUGUGCUACAUUUGUGUUGGAUUGCUUGUCAACUUGAAUUGUGGCAUAGCUGCUCAAUUAAUUCCUUAGGUGCUAAUAUUGAACUUGAUGGCUGUGUUAUUAGUUUUAUAUUUUAAACAUAAUUCAGUUCUUAUUCUUGAUCUCUGUAAUUUGUGAAUAUUGAUUUCACAUUUCUCUAUAUAUGAAAUUUAUUUAGCAGGGAACAAUCUGUUAAUAGUAUUUUAUCUUUUAUGUGUAUAGAUAGGUUUUCAGUAAUUUAUUAAUCCUGUAACAGUAUUUUUCUGAGUGGUUUAGGUUUAUGACUAUGUCCAGAAGGACUGCUAUUUGGCCUUUUAUUGUACUGUAGUUUGCAUGCUUGCGUGUUGCUUUAUUUUGAUGAGAAAAUGACUUUUUACAUUGUGGUGCAGUGUAAAAUUUGAAUGCCAAAGUACAGUUUGAGUCACUAAAAUUCUUAAAGGUGCCAUUGUUUUAAGUCACUUGGGAUUAAAAUGCCAUAAAUUGCAUGCAUUUUUCUCCCAAAGUAAUGUAGGUAGGUAUCUUGCAAUGUUAAGGGUGACAAAUUAAUCUUCAAUUAGUUUGUAUUCUGAAUAAAUGAUGUUUAUGAAAAGAAA